AUGUCAAGCGACACAUCAACAAGGUCGGUAAAGAAGAAGAAGACGAGCACAAAGGCAUUGGUGAAGCGUCUAGUAGGCUUUGUGGCUGACUUAACUUCUAAAGUAGACCGUGUAUUACAGAAAAAAGAUGAAUCAGAUACAGGGUUUGGAGAGGAGGAGGACAUGGUAAAUGAAAAGGAGGAAGAAACAUAUUACCAUGGUACACAGUUGCAUUAUGAUGAUACAUUUACGCAUGGUUUGGAGGGGGAAGUUGGGCAUACACCUACGGGGAAAAAUGUUGAGUCGUCAUCGGACGUGGGUCAACAUCACAAAAAAAAACAGUGA